CAUUCGUCAAAGCUAAAAACAUCGCGCGCCUCUCUUCCUCCUCCAAAAAAUUCAAAUCAGAGAAAGAAAAAAAAAAGAUCUGGAAAUGGAGGAAGAAGCAUCGAUGAAGUUCUUCUCGGAUCAAAACACCUCCUACGCUGAUAUCCUUCCUCCUCACGAAGCUCGUGCUAGAAUCGAAGUGUCUGUUCUCAAUCUCCUCAGAGUGUUGAAUUCUACAGAUCCAGCCAUCUCCGAUCUCUCUCUGAUCAAUAGGAAGAGAAGCAAUAGCUGCGUAAACAAAGGCAUACUCACAGACGUUUCGUACAUAUUCCUCUCUACUUCCUUUACCAAGAGCUCCUUGACCAAUGCUAAAACUGCCAAAGCUUUUGUGCGCGUGUGGAAAGUUAUGGAGAUGUGCUUUCAGAUUCUGCUUCAAGGAAAGCGAGUCACUCAAAGAGAGCUCUUCUAUAAACUGCUUUGUGAUUCGCCUGACUACUUUUCUUCUCAGCUUGAAGUCAACCGAAGCGUCCAAGAUGUGGUGGCACUUUUACGUUGCAGUAGAUUCAGUCUUGGGAUUAUGGCUUCUACCAGAGGCCUUGUUGCUGGAAGGUUAUCUCUACAAGAACCAGGUAAGGAAGCUGUAGACUGUUCAGCCUGUGGUUCUUCUGGGUUUCCUAUCUCAGGAGACUUGAAUUUGCUAGACAACACCAUCAUCACAAGCGAUGCUCGCUAUAUCAUUCUUGUCGAAAAGCAUGCGAUAUUUCAUCGGCUUGUGGAAGAUCGUGUGUUCAAUCACAUUCCUUGUGUGUUCGUUACUGCAAAAGGGUAUCCGGACAUUGCCACAAGGUUUUUCCUUCAUCGGAUGAGCAUAACAUUUCCUCAUCUCCCAAUUCUUGCUCUAGUAGAUUGGAAUCCAGCUGGGUUAGCUAUACUAUGCACCUUCAAGUUUGGAAGCGUAGGAAUGGGUCUUGAAGCUUACAGAUAUGGUAAAUCAAGACUGCAAUAUGAAGUGGAUGUAAUAAUGACAGUCAUCCAAGUCUCCUGUUCUGAUAGGCCUUUUGGUUUGUCUUUAGCUUGCAAUGUUAAGUGGAUUGGGCUGCGAGGAGAUGAUCUCAACCUGAUACCCCAAGAGUCUUUGGUUCCUCUUAAGCCAAAGGACUCGCAGAUUGCUAAAAGCUUAUUGUCCUCUAAAAUCUUGCAGGAAAACUACAGAGAGGAGUUGUCACUGAUGAUCGAAACUGGUAAGAGAGCUGAGAUAGAAGCACUGUAUUGCCAUGGUUAUAACUAUCUCGGGAAAUAUAUAGCCACCAAGAUCGUACAGGGCAAAUACAUAUAA